UCACUUCUUGUUCUUUACAUCUACUUUCCUCAUUCCUUUCUCAUUUGCCAACCUUUUUCCCCCCCUCAUUUGCCAACCUUGUAUGUUAACUUCUUGUCCAAUAUCUUCUACUACUAUACUUAUAUUAGAUGCUAGCUAGGCCUUCAGGGAUUUAUCAAAUUCUCCAAAGGCCAAGAAGAUGAGCCAGUUUCCCUUGUUCAGCAGUGGCCAAGAAUUGGCAAAUUUGUUGGUGAGCUCAGAUCUACUGCAUGAUUCUUGGUCAAGAAUCUCUGACCUUAACAGUCAUAUGUAUUUGAACAAUCCAACUAACUCUGUUCCUAUUUUGCUUAAAGUUUACCCAUAUCAUUCAAAUGGUGCUAUUGUUGCUUUUGUAUCCUCUCCUACUUGUUCUGUUCAGAAAGAAAUGGUCUCUUCAGAAGCUCUUAAAGGUUCCCAAUCUCCUUUUGACUUCAUUUCUACCAAAGUCAACCCUCAUUUCUCAGUUGACAAAGCAGCAAUAAUCCUGUUUGCCUCAUUACUGAAUGAGCUCUCUGCCCUCAAAGAACAGUUGGACAGUUUCAGUCCUCUAAUAAUCACUGGACUUUCUUUGGGAGGUUCUGUGGCAUCUCUAUUCACUCUCUGGCUACUUAACAUUUCUCCAAAGGACAAUAAUAAGCGUCCCACUUGCAUCACGUUUGGUUCACCCCUUCUUGGUGACAGUGGCCUGCAACAAGCCAUAUCAGAACGUCCAUCAUGGAAUUCAAGCUUCUUGCACGUAGUCUCAAACCAAGAUCCAAUCCCAAGAUUUUUAAUUUCACCUACUAAUGGCUUUACUGGUUCUACUCCUCAAUCUUGUAUUUUCAAGCCAUUCGGUAUGUUUCUGCUGUGCUCAGAUUCAGACUGCUCUUGUUUUGAGGAACCUGAAUCAGUUUUGGAUCUUAUGACGGAAAUGAACUCAAAUAGCCCACACCAGGACAAUGGUUUCUUGCAUUUCGACUAUGAGCAGGUUUUGGAACACCUCAAGCAUAGAGUAAUCUGUAAGGGAACUUCUCAGCUGUGUGACUUUAUAGUGAAUCAACUCCAAGCAGGCAUCAAUCUACAACUAGAAGCAAUCAGAAUUGGACAGCACAGAAGUAACAUGAGCUCUCUUAGGAACAAAGUGAAGGAAAGAGUGGAAGAAUCUUUCUCAAAGAAGAGGAAUGCCUUCGAUCCUGGCAAGAAGCUAAACAAAAUGAAAGAAGCUAUGGCUUGGCUAGAGUGCUACAAGAAAGUAACCCUGAAUGAAGGAGGCUACUAUGAUAGUUUCAAAUGCAGCGGGUCACGAAGCAGGGAUGCAGUCAAAAGCAGACAAGAAAUUGUCAAGCACCAAAGAACCCUCACUAAAUACUGGAAAAUAAUGGUUGCAGAAGUAGAGAAAAUGCCACAAAAAGAGGAGGCAGCUUUUCGUACUCGUUGGCUUUAUGCAGGGACAAACUAUAGAAGGAUGGUCGAACCACUCGACAUAGCUGAAUACUAUAUGAAAUCAGGGAACAGAGACUAUGUAAAUCUCGGAAGAUCUGAGCACUAUAAACAGUUAGAGAAAUGGAUGAUAGAAGACAAACCGUCUGGAAGUGGUAACAAUAGAAGGAAGUCUGUUAGCCUCACCGAGGAUUCUUGCUUUUGGGCAUAUGUGGAGGAAGCUAUUAUAAGUUCCACAAGACUGAGAGAAGGCAGUCCAGAAGAGAAGGAAAAUUCGAGAGCGUAUUUGGCUAAUUUUGGGGAAUAUACAAUGAGUUUGAUAAGGAGCUAUUCAGCAUCCUCUGAGAUUUUCCAGCCUCAUUGUAGCUUCAUGAAGUGGUGGCAAGAAUAUAGGCAAGAUAUUCUAAGCUGUUUGAGUAAUUUGCCUUUGGCCUUUUACAUGGAAAAUGAAGAAUAUCAAAGUUAUGCUUAAAAUUAGGGGUGUACAUAGACCGGGUUGAUUCGGAUUUUUUACAAACCAAAUCAAAUCAUUUGUGUUGGGUUAUUAAAUCUAUAAACCAAACCAAAUCAAUAAAAGUCGGGUUUUUCGAUAUCAA